AUGGAACAUUCUCAAGCUGGUUUCGCUGACAAGGUCGGCCGAGGUGUUGCAAAGGGAGUCUCUUUUGCUCUUGGAAAGUGGAAGCAGCUUCUCUUCACCUACACCUUUACUACCAUUGUCGGCAUCGCCCUUCUCUACAUGCACACCGAACAUGAAGCUUCUCUCGUCAAGCGAAGCUGGGGAGGUUUUGAUGAACGUCCCAUGACAGAAAAGUGCUAUCGCCAGGAGCGCACCGCCAUGCUCCUCUCCCUAUUCCUCGGUCUUUUGGGUGUUGACCAGUUCUAUGCUCACCACUGGCCCCUUGCCAUCUUCAAGUUCUUCACUCUCGGCGGACUGGGCACCUGGGCCUUUAUCGACAUGAUUCUCUGGAUCGUGGGUGGUGUUUACGGCACCCCUGGAUGUCCUGGGGGAAGCUCCAAGGGAUGGCAGUAUUGA